UACUACAACAAAAAAGAUUGAAAAUGCACAACCUUUAUAAUGCAGUGGUGUUGUUUUUAGUUGUUACCACGUUCAUAGGCUUGCUUCCGUCUACUCACUCCAACCAUGAUCAAGAGAUCGCCAUGGUCGUUGACGAUGAUAAUCCAUCGACCCAACAGAUGGAUGAAAAGAUUAUAAAGGCCGACAAUCGUCAAGUUCAAACUCGGCGACUCAAGUUGGAAGAUGGGAAACUAUUGACACUUUUGCGACCGAAUGGGAGAAAGAAUUGUGUUGGCAUUGACCAAAAAUGUUGGUUUGAUGAGGAUUGUUGCGCUGGCUUAUAUUGUGGUAGCGGAACAGUAGGUAGCGGAACAUGCCAGCAGGCUGAGCCUGAGCCUAAACCUGAACCUGAACCUAGACCUAAACCUGAACCUGAACCAAGUCCAAGUGAUUGUGUUGGCAUUGACCAGCCAUGUGGACCGCGUCUCCCUUGCUGCGGUGACUUACAUUGUGAUUAUGGGUUGUACUAUAUUAUGGGAGUGUGUCAGCAACCUGAGCCUAAACCUGAACCUGAGCCCGAGCCCGAGCCUGAACCUGAACCCGAACCUGAGCCUAAACCGGAACCUGAGCCUGAGCCUAAACCCGAACCUGAACCCGAGCCCGAGCCCGAGCCCGAGCCCGAACCCGAGCCCGAGCCCGAGCCUGAGCCUGAGCCUGAGCCUGAGCCUGAGCCUGAGCCUGAGCCUGAGCCUGAACCUGAACCUAAACCUGAACCUGAACCUGAACCUGAGCCUAAGCCUGAACCUGAACCUGAGCCAAAACCUGAACCUGAACCAAGUCCAAGUGGUUGUAUUGGCGUUGGCCAGUCAUGUGGAGCGCUUCUCCGUUGCUGUGAUGGCUUAUACUGUGAUUAUGGGUUUGUACCUCUUAUCGGAAAAUGCAAAGCCAAUAAGGUCCUUGCCAGUUUGCAAUGAAGGAUUACAUUGUGAAUUAAGUUCCUGCUCAGAUACGGCAUUUCCAAGUCGUUCUGGUGUUUGUGUUAGUGAACCAUGGAUUGGUGGUCGCGGCUACAUAUAUAUAUGCUAAUAAAAGAUGUCUUUGUACGUGUAAUAAUGCUACGAUGUGCAUGUCCUUAUCCUUAAUAAUUCAAAUAAACAAGGUUUUAAAUA